AUGAAAUUGAGUUUUCUUGAUAUGCAUCAACUUGUGAAACCGGCAAUUAUUAUCAAUGGAUUACCGAUGACUGGUCAUGUGAAAGUACUUGAUGUUCGCGGAUGGAUUCUUUCUUUCCAUCGAUACGAUGCUACUCCUCAAGGUCUACAAGCAUGCGAUGAUCUUCGACGUUCAGCUUCGAAUAAGAUGAUUUUGGCAACACGACAUUACGGUUCCAAAGAGAUUUUAAAAGUUGAUCGUGAACGUGCGCCGAACGACUCCACGAAUUUGUUGGACGUUCUUCCCAGCGAAGAAGUCAAAACUAUGCAAACAAAUUUUAAACGAGUAACUGGCUGCAAUGUACAGAAAUUGAAGAAAGAAUCUCGACUUUUCUUUUAG